CUCUCCUCCGUGACGUCGUGGGAUGUGAUUGGUGGGCGGCUCUGCUAUAUAUCCGUCAGCCUUCAAUCCCACCUUCUCGCCAGUGGAAUUUCAUCUCAGCUUCUGCACCUUCAGGGCAGACGAGAACAUAAACCAAGCAAAAGCUGGCAGGCUGACGGGAAAUUGCAUCUUUACAGGACGGAUAAUCUGGUAACUGACCAUUUAGCUGUGGCACACUCGGACUCUGUGUAAACGUGGGAUUUUGACCAUGAGCUCAGUCGCUGUACUUACGCAGGAAAGCUUCAAUGAGCACCGCAGCGGGCUCCUGCCGGAGCAGGGCGCUGGUGGUGGUGGUGCUGCUGCUGCUGGGCCAGGACCCAGUGCUGUAGAGGAAGAGGAUGCUCUUCCUACCUACAAGGAUGCCUUCCCACCUCUGCCUGAGAAGGCGGCCUCACCUGAGGGGACCCAGGAAACUGCCAACGCCUGGACUUCCAAGAUCCGUCCUCUCAAGUCGUCUGUUAUCACCCAGGUUUUCCAUGUGCCACUAGAGGAGCGCAAGUACAAGGACCUCAACCAGUUUGGGGAAGGAGACCAAGCGAAGGUCUGUGUGGACAUCAUGCACAAGACCGGAGCCCACCUGGAACUCUCCUUGGCUAAAGAUCAGGGUCUCUCCAUCAUGGUUUCUGGCAAGCUGGACGCCGUGAUGAAGGCCCGCAAGGAGAUUGUGUCCCGACUGCAGACUCAGGCCUCGGCUACUGUCGCCAUCCCCAAGGAGCACCAUCGCUUUGUCAUCGGCAAAAAUGGGGAGAAGCUUCAGGAGCUUGAGCUCAAGACUGCCACCAAAAUCCAGAUCCCACGACCCGACGACACCAGUAACCAGAUCAAGAUCUCUGGUACCAAGGAGGGCCUGGAGAAGGCCAAGCAUGAGAUCCUGCUGAUCUCUGCUGAGCAGGACAAGCGUGCUGUGGAGAGGGUGAACAUUGACAAGGCGUACCACCCAUUCAUCACCGGCGCCUACAAUAAGCUGGUAGGAGAGAUGAUGCAGGAGACCGGUGCCCGCGUCAAUGUCCCCCCUCCAAGCGUGAACAAGACGGAGAUUGUCAUCACUGGGGAAAAGGAGCAGGUGGCCCUUGCUGUGACUUUAAUCAAGAAGGUUUAUGAAGAAAAGAAGAAGAAUGCCACCACCAUUGCGGUGGAGGUGAAGAAGUCUCAGCACAAGUAUGUGAUUGGCCCCAAGGGAAACACCCUGCAGGAGAUCCUGGAGAAAACUGGCGUCUCAGUCGAGAUCCCACCCUCUGACAGCAGCUCAGAAACUGUCAUCCUUCGUGGGGAGCCGGACCGUCUGGGUCAGGCCCUCACUGAAGUUUAUGCCAAGGCAAACAGCUACAAUGUUUCCUCGGUCUCAGCUCCUUCUUGGCUUCAUCGUUUCAUUAUUGGCAAGAAGGGGCAGAACUUGGCCAAGAUUACCCAACAAAUGCCCAAGGUGCACAUUGAGUUCACCGAGGGAGAAGAUCGGAUCACCCUGGAGGGUCCCACCAAAGACGUGCAGAUGGUGCAGGGCCAGAUUGAAAUCAUUGUUACAGAUCUGGUAAACCGCAUGGACUACACGGAGAUCAGCGUGGAUACCAAAUUCCACAGACACCUGAUUGGAAAAGGAGGUGUUAACAUCAACCGCAUCAAAGAAGCGCACAAGGUGACUGUCCGUAUCCCCCCCGACAAUGAGAAAAGCAACCUGAUCCGUAUUGAGGGGGAUCCCCAGGGUGUACAGGAAGCCAAGAAGGAGCUGCUGGAGCUUGCGUCACGCAUGGAGAACGAGCGUACAAAGGACCUGAUCAUUGAACAGCGUUUUCAUAGAGCCAUCAUUGGCCAAAAAGGGGAGAAGAUAAAAGAAGUGCGGGACAAAUUCCCAGAGGUCAUCAUCAAUUUCCCCGACCCAGCACAGAAGAGCGACAUCGUUCAACUUAGGGGCCCACGGAAUGAGGUGGAAAAAUGCGCUAAGUUCAUGCAGAAGAUUGUGGCUGAAAUGGUGGAGAACGGCUUCUCUCUCUCAGUCCCCAUCUUCAAGCAGUUCCACAGAAACAUAAUUGGAAAAGGAGGCUCAAAUAUCAAGAAGAUUCGGGAGGAAACUCUCACAAGAAUUGACCUGCCUGCUGAGAACAGCAACUCAGAGAUGAUCAUCAUCACAGGCAAGAAGGCGAACUGUGAGGUCGCACGGCAACGCAUCCUGUCCAUUCAGAAGGAGCUGGCAAACAUCACAGAGAUAGAGGUGUCCAUUCCCUCCAAGCUGCACAACUCCCUGAUCGGGUCGAAGGGCCGCUUUGUGCGCUCCAUCAUGGAGGAGUGCGGCGGCGUGCACAUCCACUUUCCCACCGAGGGCUCAGGGAUUGAUAAGGUCACCAUCCGAGGCCCCGUAGAGGAGGUGGAGAAAGCCAAGCAGCAACUGCUUGCCUUGGCAGAGGAGAAGCAAACGAAGAGCCACAGCGCCGAGCUGCGUGCGAAGCCCGAAUACCACAAGUUCCUCAUCGGGAAAGGUGGCGGAAACAUCCGCAAGGUUCGCGACAGCACCGGGGCCAGGAUCAUUUUCCCCACCGCGGACGACAAAGACCAGGAGCUCAUCACUGUGGUUGGCACUGAAGAAGCAGUGCGGGAUGCCACGAAGGAGCUGGAGGAACUCAUCAAGAGUUUGGACAACGUCGUUGAGGAUACUAUGAACGUUGAUCCAAAGCACCACCGCUACUUUGUGGCUCGUCGCGGCCAAGUCCUCAGGGACCUUGCCGAUGAGUACGGUGGCGUGAUGGUGAGCUUUCCUCGCACGGGUACCCAGAGCGAUAAGGUCACCCUCAAAGGAGCCAAAGAAUGUGUGGAAGCAGCCAAAAAGCGCAUGCUGGAGAUUGUUGAGGACUUGGAUGCUCAAGUGACCAUUGAGUGUGUGAUUGCUCAGAAGUUCCACCGUUCUAUCAUGGGUCCCAAGGGCUCACGCAUCCAGCAGAUCACUAGAGAUCACAAUGUACAGAUCAAGUUCCCAGAGCGCGAGGACCCACAAGCAACUGCAGCAACUGCAGCAAAUGCAGCAAAUGCAGCACCUGCAGCACCUGCAGCACCUCCUGCAGAGGCCCCCAUUCAGGAGAAUGGCGAGGCCACCGAAGAAGUGAAGGAGCCCGUCGAUCCAAAUGCACCCAAAAAGUGCGACGUGAUCGUGCUUUCCGGACGCAAAGAACGUUGCGAGGCUGCUGUGGAAGCACUGAAGGCCUUGGUUCCUGUCUCCAUUGAGGUGGAAGUGCCUUUUGAGCUUCAUCGUUACAUCAUUGGACAGAAAGGAAGUGGAAUUCGCAAGAUGAUGGAUGAAUUUGAGGUUAAUAUUCAAGUGCCUGCUCCUGACCAGCAGUCUGAUAAAAUCUCCAUCACCGGCUUGGCCAAUCACCUUGACCGCGCCAAAGAGGGACUCUUGGAUCGCGUCAAAGAGCUGCAGGCCGACCAGGAGGAUCGGGCACUCAGGAGCUUCAAGCUGACCAUCACUGUGGACCCCAAGUAUCACCCCAAAAUCAUCGGCCGCAAGGGUGCCAUUAUAACAACCAUCCGCACCGAGCACGACGUUAACAUCCAGUUCCCGGAGAAGAAUGAUGAAAACCAGGAUCAGAUUACUAUUACAGGGUAUGAGCACAAAGCCAUAGCAGCACGAGAUGCCAUCCAGGGGAUAGUGGAUGAGCUGGAGGAGAUGAUCUCCGAGGACAUCACCCUGGACAGCAGGGUGCAUGCCCGCAUCAUCGGAGCCCGCGGCAAGGGCAUCCGCAAGAUCAUGGAUGAGUUUAAGGUUGAUCUCAGGUUUCCCCAGCCUGGAGCUGCAGACCCGAACCUUGUGACAGUCACAGGUCGCCCUGAGCUUGUGGAUGAAGCCAUCGACCACCUUCUUAACCUGGAAGAAGAAUUCUUGGCAGAUGUUGUGGAGAAUGAGUCCAAGAUGGCCUACAUGAGGCCUCAUGGGGGCAGCGCCGCUGCCAUGGAUGAACAACGUGGCCCAUCCAAAGGCUUCGUGGUGAGGGAGGCUCCCUGGACCACUGGCAACGAGAAGGCCCCCGACAUGAGUAGCUCUGAAGAUUUCCCCAGCUUCGGAGCCCCAGUGGCAACCAAGAGCUCUCCCUGGGGACCCAAGCGCUUCUAAGCCACGCUGCUACAGAUGGGCCUGAACUAAACCGGACACAAUCUCCCCCCCCCCACCUUCAUCGUCCCUCCUCCUCCUCCUCCUUGACCCGGACUGACCGCUGACCCUAAAAGUCUUCAGUUCUGAGAAUGUCAUCCUUCUCUGUGUACUUCUCCCGGUCUGCCCUCGCAGAUUCAUCAGUCUAAAAGUGCUUUCAGAUACUGUAAUUGACUCGUGAGCUUUGUAUCUGCGUUAAAUAAUGCUGUCUUACACUAAAAAAAAAAUAAGAAAUGUGACAGAUGUUGCGGUUACAGUCUGACAUUUAAGUGUUGAUUAGACCUGACAUUUUAUCGUGGUUUGAACUGUUAUACCAAAUUCAGUGGUGGCCAGACAUCAGUUUUUUGGAGCUGCCCUUAUCUUAGUUGCCUUCGCAGGGUGGGGUAAAGGGAUUGAAUUACUGCCGGUGACCAACAAGAGGCCAGCUGUUUCAGUAACUCAUCCCCCCCCCCCCGCCCCUCCCCACCGCCUGCUUUACUCAUGUAGCUGAGUGAAAAUUGUCAGUCGUUAGCCCUCGAGCACACCGUAGUGGUCGUCCUCUGUCACAUCUUUCCAUUUUGCUUGUUAACUGUGCUUCUGUGAAUAUGGUCGAGUAGUGGCACGUACCUUGUAGCCUUAUGAAUUGGUAAACAUUACUAAAGGGGGGGAGGGGGUGGGAAGCGGGGAAGGGAGGUUUCAGCCACUGCAGAACGGCAACCCAUUCAAACUGCCAGAUGCUUGGAGAUCACGCCAGAACUAAACUUCUUACAACACUAGGCCUAGAGCUCCAACGCAUCAACACUAACCGCCGAAUGAACUCUUUUGACAUUCAAAAGCAAAUCACUAUACAAAAAUAUAAUGUUUGUGAGCAAAACAGCAGACCAUCUCGUGCCAACUAUCCGUCUAGUGAUGUCCCGUGUUAAACUCAUCCUCUGUAUCGGGUCAGUGUCCAGUCCCUUUGUCUUCCAGUUGCUAUGCAGAUUGUUCUGUUUAAAUAGCAAUGGCCCUUUUUAUCAGCCUUACAACUAGAAAGAUACAAACCAGGUAGAGAUGAUGUCUAGUUGCAUUUUUAAACUGGAAGGUAUGUUUAAUGUUCCUCUGAAAGCUCUCGGAACAUUUUCCACCCGCCCAGUUCUUGUAAUUAGUUUAAUUUUGCCCGAGGAGGGCAGAUUUAGCUUGCUAGAUGCUAAUUCAACAUCUUGCAUCAGCCUACCUUGGUUUAUAUCCUCCUAGCGUUGAAUGAAAGAUUAUGCAAAUACCAUUGAAGUGAACGGUUACGGAUGACACUGGAAAAGAAAUUGUCCAAAAAGUCAAUAAAAAUUGAAAAUCUC